UUUGCUAUUUUUUUAUUUUAUUUCCGCAGGUCACUUCGUCGUCCCCUUCGCCAUUUCAAGGAAUUCUGUGUUUGGGGAGCGUUUGAGUACCAGAGGAAAAUGCAGUGCACUCCUGAAUCAAAUCUCUACGCCCAGCGUAGCAAAGGCAAACCCUGUUACGAGGACUGCACCGACAGCGGAUACUCAGGGUUGUUCCACAGCCCACAGAGCUUUGGUGGUGUUGAUUCCUGUAGCUCUUUGUCUCCUAUUGAGUGCAAUGAAACACCUAAAGAGAAUCUUAGGCUCCCCAUAACACCAAAAGCAGGGAUGAAAGAAUCGGCUGGAGGUUCAAGGGGAUCACAGCAGGGAUCAGCGAUCAGCUGGUGUGAAACACCCAGACUACACAAAAGAGAUGCCUCACUGCGCUACAGGCUUCUAAUGGGCAAACCCAACCCAGAUGUGAAAACCAACCACCUAAGAUCACCACUCACCCGAAGGUCUGACUCUUCCAUCAAUGCCUUCCCUGAGAACUGUCUCAGUGCGUCAUUUGACUUCCCAGGCAACACAAAGGCGUCAAGCUCCUUAGAACUGGAGCAGAAUCUGCCAUUAUCUAGUAGAAAACGACGAAUCCUAUUCUCUCAGGUGAGGGCCUCCACUCUUGAAGAUGGUAAACUCCACUCUGGUCACCUUCCUAAUUUUGAGGAGAGAGUUUCACUCUCUGAAGCAGACUACAGUGAGAGUGUUUCUGUCUCAGGUCAAAAUAAUAUUGAGACUCUGCGCCUUAGCAAAUGUCUGCCUGCCUCACCUAAGGAAGUCUCUCAAUCACCAGUCAGUGGAGGGACAAACAGCCUGAAUGACAGUUCAAGUUUCCUGUGUACGCCCUCAUGCAUAAAUACACCCAGAUACCUCAGAUCAGUGUCUGAAGACAGUGGAUUCAGUUAUCUGACCUUUGAUAAAUCUCAAGACUCCUCCGUGGAUCAUGAUGGUUCAUUCCAAGAACUGUUACUUUCUGACACCAGAGGAAACGGUGAAACCCCAAACCUGGCGGAGGCAAAGCGGCGCUCUCGCUUGCAGCGACAAAACAGGCUUUCUACACUUAAAGAAGGGGGCUCUCAGUCUGAGGAAGAAGCUGUGGAGAGAAUGCAUGAUCGUCACCGACGACUCAGCCACUGUAAAGAUGUUUUUGAUGAGUGUGCAACUCCUCGCUGUGUCUCUUCUGUGAAGUGUGCUAAUACCAUGGCGUCUGGCGUGGCCUCCCUUAAACAAGACUAUGUCACCCCUAUAAGAGACGUCUCAGUUAAGCCAGGACACGUAACCUCUCUAAACGCUGUUCCUAGUAAUCCAGAUGUGACUCCUCUGAGGACAACCCCAGUUAAUCUUAACCUGACUCCUGCUUUGCAACUGGUCCAUGCUAUGUGCCAGCAGAAAGCCCAGAUGUUCAUUGGACAAAGUCCGAGUCUAAAGGAGCAACUGAAAUCCACAGCAUCUCUGGCUGAUACCCCUUCAGUGUUUAGGACUACUAUGCCACUGUCGGGACUGAUAGGUAGAAAAAUAGGCCUUGGGAAGGUGGACAUUCUCACAGAACUGAGAAAGAGGAACCUCCGACACAUUCUGGCUGUCAUAUUUAGCCACCUGACGUCUGAGAGCAUCUAUAGGUGCGGUCAGGUGUGCAGAAGCUGGGAUGAGCUUAUUCAGCAGGAUAAACAAGCUAGUUUUAGAAGAAGAAACCACCUGAGUGAAGUGGAAGCUACACCUGAGCUUCGGGGUGCCGUCCAUGUCCCUGAAGCAGAGACCAGACUGGCUCUUCUUAAGAGAUCGGCUCUCAAGACCGUUCAAGCCCAAUCACGGACCUCCAGCUACUGCACCCCACAGUCAGGAAACAGCACUUUGACCCAAUCAGAGCACAGUGCGAGCAACAGCAGCAAACGAGAGAAAUUCUUAGAAGUUGCCAAAACGCUUUUCAAUGAUGAGUGUCUCAGGCCUUGCCCUCGAUGUCAGCAUCCUGCACGAUGUCACUCGGUAAAAGGGGAAGGUGUGUGCAGCGGGGAAAACUGUGGUUUUAAGUUUUGUACAGCCUGUUUGUGUGCCUUUCAUGGUUCUAGAGAAUGUGGCAGCCAAUCUGUAGGCCAUCGCAAAAAGGACAUUCUACUUCCAGGAAGCGCUCAAAGCAAGCGGAAUGUCAGGCGACUGUGAAGUCAUACUGAACUGCAAUUGUGUUUAUCGUGUCAAAUUAGCAUUGUUCUCUUAACUUGACUGCAGGCAUUCUGACAUGUAAGCUGUACAUGAAUUGCAUCUCCACUCAUUUUGUCCUUGUUACUUUUUAUAUGUACUGUAUUCUGCUUUUUUCAGUGCAAUGCCUCCAUCUGUUUUUAACUUUUGAAUGUAGGAGUACUUCAUCUCAUUGAUCAGUUGUACAGGAUGUUUUUUGUAAUAAUGAUUUUUAGCUGUUUUCUGAUCAGUUUUAAAAUAAAUUUGAUUUUUAUUUUUA